AUGUCUGCUUCCGAUUCAACCACCAAUGAGUCAGUUCCUACCAAAAUUCCAUUCAGUAAAUAUGUUCGUUUCGGAAAUUCUGGAUUGAAAGUAUCUCCAUUGUGUUUUGGAUGUAUGACUUUUGGAUCUUCCAAAUGGCAACCAUGGGUUCUUGAGGAAGAGGAAUCACUAAAGCUUUUGAAAAGAGCCUUUGAUUUGGGAAUUAACUUUUUUGAUACUGCAAAUACUUACAGCAAUGGUGAGAGUGAGAGAAUUUUGGGUAAAUUCCUCAAACUAAAUAAUAUUUCAAGAGAAGAAGUGGUGAUUGCCACCAAAGUGUUUGCACCAGUGGACAAGACAGGUCAACAAAAGUUGAAUUUGCAAAUUCCAAGAGAUCAGCUCGUACCAAAUACUUUUGGAUUGUCAAGAAAGCACAUUAUGCAUGCUGUUGAGGAUUCUUUGCAAAGAUUAGGCGUUGAUUACAUUGAUUUGUAUAUUAUUCACCGUUGGGAUAACAAUACUCCAAUUGAAGAAACUAUGGAGGCAUUGCAUGAUCUUGUCAAAGCUGGAAAGGUCAGAUACAUUGGUGCCUCGUCCAUGUGGGCAUGGCAAUUUGCAAAGGCUCAACACAUUGCUGACAAGAGAGGAUGGACCAAAUUUAUUUCCAUGCAAAAUCUCUAUAAUCUAUUAUAUCGUGAAGAAGAACGUGACAUGAUUCCAUUGUGUAAAGAUCUUGGUGUCACUGUCACUCCUGAUUACUUUGCAAAGGUAUUUGAAAACAAUUUAACUGAAGGCGAUAAAGAAAUAUUGAGAAGAGUUUCAGAAUUGGCCAAAAAGAAGAAUUGCACUCCAGCACAACUCUCUCUGGCUUGGGUGUUGCACAAAGAUUUUGUCUCUUCACCUGUGAUUGGUUCAAGUACCGUUGAGAAUAUUGAACUUAAUGUUGCAGCCAUUCAUAUUGAUUUGACUCCAGAAGAAGUGAAAUAUUUAGAUGAACCUUAUACUGCAAAGGCAGUGGCAGGAAACUUGCAAUAA